CGACCACUCGCUCCGACACUCCCUUCUCUCUCAUUCAGAGAAGAUCAAAGAAAAAACCUUUUUCUUUUCACUCUCUGUUUUUCCAAUCCAAAUGGAAAGAAGCACAAGUAUGAGGAAGCAUGGAUGGCAACUACCUUACCAUCCUCUUCAGGUUGUGGCUAUUGCUGUGAUUUUAGCUCUUGGGUUUGCUUUCUAUGUGUUCUUUGCUCCUUUUGUUGGAAAGAAGAUGUAUCAGUAUAUUGUGGUUGCUCUUUAUACACCGCUGAUUACUGCUGUUUUUGGACUCUACAUCUGGUGUGCUGCAUCAGAUCCAUCGGAUCCUGGGGUUUUUAAUUCCAAAAAGUAUCUUAAAAUCCCAGACAGUAAAAUGGGUUUUGGGUUAAAGAGUUCUAAAUUAGGUGAAGAGUCAACUCCAUCAAUGCAUGAUGCAAAGGCUUCAACAGUUGGAGGAAAUUCCAUGGAUAAUGAAGCAUUUGGAACGGGAGGAAAUAUGAAAGAUAAUUCUCAUUCAGUAGAGAAGGCAAUUUCAUCGUCUCCUUGUUUAUCCCGUUUCCUCUUGGUAUGCUCUCCUUGUGCUUAUAUCUGCCGCUGCUCUGGUUCAAGCAAGGAAUCUUCUGAUAAGCAAACCAGUGAAGAUGGCAUGUUCUAUUGCAGUUUGUGUGAAGUUGAGGUCUUCAAAUACAGCAAGCACUGUAGAGUCUGCGACAAGUGUGUAAAUCACUUUGAUCAUCAUUGCCGAUGGCUGAACAACUGUAUUGGGAAGAGGAACUAUGGGCAAUUUUUCACCCUGAUGAUUGCCGCUAUGCUCUUGUUUAUUCUUCAAUGGUCAACUGGAAUGCUUGUGCUCAUUUGCUGUUUUGUUGAGAGGAAGCAAUUUGCUAUGGAAAUCUCCUCUAAGUUGGGAAGCAGUUUCUCUAUGGCUCCCUUUGUUAUUGUUGUGUCUGCCUGUACCAUUCUGGCUAUGGUUGCUACAUUACCUGUUGUUCAGCUUUUCUUCUUUCAUAUCCUCCUCAUUAAAAAGGGACUCAGCACAUAUGAUUACAUUGUAGCUAUGAGGGAGCUGGAGCAAGAGCAGGAGCAGCUAGGAGUUGGAGGCCAUCAAAGUCCCCAAAUGUCAACUGUGAGCUCAUUUACUGCAUUGAGCAGUGUAAGCUCCUUCAAUGCUUUACAUCGUGGAGCAUGGUGCACACCCCCACGCAUGUUCCUCGAAGAUCAGUUUGAUGUAGUGCCCACGGAAACAGGUUCUGUGAGUUCACUAGGAAAGAGGUCAUUGAGAGAAGAGCCAUUAAAGAAAAAGAAUUCUGGAGCAGUUAAAAUUAGUCCUUGGACAUUGGCGCGGCUAAAUGCAGAUGAGGUUGCUAAGGCAGCUGCUGAAGUAAGAAAAAAGUCCAAAAUUCUGCAGCCUGUGGUAAGACAUGACCAGGCUUCCAGGCUAGAACCAGGCAGCAGUUUUGGUAGCAGCGGCCGAAGAAUGGUUCCUACGAUAGACAACAAUAAAAAGCAUGAUAAUAAGCGCAUUUACCUUCCCGCUGACAUAUCUAUGGAAUCCAUGACAAAAGUUUCUUCCAAUAAUACCAAUAUGGGAUUCAAUGGAAGGUCUGGGUUUGCCCCUCCUCAUUUACGUAGUGCAUUUCAAACAAGCCAAGCGAUGUCAAGCUCAGCUGGCAUUGUUCCGUCAUCUCCUGAGAGCAGUUUGGACUCGCCUGAUAUUCGCCCCUUUCAGGCAUCGAGAGCCGAAGAAGCAAGACAUCUUGCAGGUCUUUCAGCUGCUGGUGUUGAAGCUCUUAAGGAAACUCCACUGUCAAGGUCAACUAGUGAUGGGUAUGACGCCUCAGGCGGGGAAGAUAGUGACCAGGUUCCCAGUAGGGUUGUUCAGAGAAUUUCAGAUUUGAGUAGUUUGCUUUUCAGAGCUGAUCAGGAUGAAAGGGCUUUUAGGCCUACAUUGUCAUCCAACAUGAGUCACAUCAGACACUAGGAAGUUGUGACCACCAACUUAGAUGUCAUAAUAAGACAACUAUCUUUCUGACUAUUUAGAGGAGAAUUGUUCAGUUUUUGAUUUGUGAGGUGGAGGCACUUCAACAUUCAGUUGCCAUCAUCUUUUGAUGUUGUUAUUGUUAAACGACACUCCAGAGUUUUGGAGGGCAUGAAGAUUAGGCGCUACUAACCGAUGUACAAAGCUGUAUGUCAAGAGUAACUUACACGGUUCAGCUUCCUGCUGCAUUGCCAUUGCUGCUUCUAAGUUGCUAUUUUGUUAAUUUUUCUAUUCAGUUAUGGUACCUCAUGGUUGGGCUGAAUGGCUUGUUACCUACAUGAAGAGAAUUAGAAAUGUCUGUUUUAGGAAGAAUGUUUUUUCCUUACCCUCUAAAUGAUGUUAAAAUCGUUGAUGAUAGAACAUUAUGAUGUUGUUUGAUUCAUGUAGCUAACUCUAUUUAGAAUCAAGAUGUCUGAAUUAUGUUUGA